CCAUCUAGUGGCGGGAAGAGAACACGAGCCAACCGUCGACGCCGACUGUCGUAAAACCAGGAAGAAAAUAGCCGCGUUGCUUUACGGCGAUGUGUCAUUUAAGAAAACACACAUGGCAUCCUCACUGAUUUGCAGCGAAACUCAGAGCAGGGUGAGCUCCGUGCUGAACAGAGACGUGAAGCAGUACGGGAAGAAAUUCAUGUUCGACCGCAACGAAGAGACGUGCUGGAACUCCGACCAGGGUGAAAGUCAGUGGGUGUCUCUGCAGUUCCCCCGACCGGUCAAGGUGUCUGAGAUAAAGGUCCAGUUCCAGGGGGGCUUCUCGGCAAAAACAUGCAGACUAGACGGUUGCCCAAAAGAUGGACCCUUUUCAGAGAUCAGCCCUUUUUAUCCCGAGGACAACAACUCUCUCCAGAGCUUUCCCAUAAAGGAGGCCCCUGCAGUGGACAAAGUAAAAAUAAAGUUUGAGAAUAGUGCCGACUUUUUUGGAAGGGUUAUAGUUUAUUCCUUGGAAGUCCUGGGAGAAAAAACCUCAUGACCAUUUUCUUUUUCCUUUUCUCGUGAGAGAGAGGAAGUGACUCCUGAGCGAAGUACAGGAUGCUCCACGGUGUGGUGGCACUUGGGGGGGAAACUUGUCGUCUGUGCCGCCACCUACAGCAGCUGAUGCGAAUGUGGCCUUUUUUGGUAUUGGUCGCUCUCGGGGAUCGGCCCCAACAUCUCACUCCGCAGUGAUUAAGAGAAGGUGAAGUCAUGCUCCCCGUGCGUAGAUUGUGCCUGUUGAGUUAAAGUGCCAUUCCAGAGGAACACGGAGUAUAAAAAUAAGUUUUUAUUAAAACUUUGUCUUUCAGCCAAAUAAAAACUGCUGCA